AUGGCGCUCUGCGCUUUGGUGGUGCAGGCUUCCUCCACAAGCGUCCCAUUUCCAGAGCUCCUCCCUCCCUCCCGUCCCCUCAGGAUGUUCCUCAUGGCCAACCGCAGUCCUCUGCCUGGGUCUGCUCCCCAAAGCCCACGUUCCAGCACCCAGCCCUCGUCUGCAGUGGUGGACACCCUUGAGGUGGACACCCUCUCAGGCUGGUCUUCAGAACUUAUUCAACAGCAGAGUAUUCAGAAUCCACAGAAAAACUACAAGUGUAAGGAAUGUGAGAAAGUCUUUACUAACGCACUCAACCUAUGUAAACAUAGGGAAAUUCAUACAGGAUGGAAUACUUUCAAAGGUACAGAAUGUGACAAAUCAUUUAAUCAGAGUUCAAAACUUAGUCAACAUCAGCGAAUCCAUAUUGGCCAGAAGCCCUAUAAAUGUAAGGAAUGUGGUGAAGGCUUUAGCCAGCACUCAAGUCUUACUUACCAUCAGAGAGUCCAUACCCGGGAGAAGUCUUUUAAAUGUAAGGAUUAUGGCAAAGCCUUUAAACAGUGCUCAUGUCUUCAUAAACAUCAGGUAAUUCAUGCUGGAGAGAAACCUUAUAAAUGUCAAGAAUGUGGAAAAGCUUUCAGUCAAUACGUAACUCUUAUUAAACACCAGCAAAUUCAUACUGGAGAGAAGCCUUAUAAAUGUAAGGAUUGUGGCAAAGGCUUUAUUCAGCGCAGAGGUCUUACUUGCCAUCAGAGAAUUCACACUGGAGAGAAACCGUAUAAAUGUCAAGAAUGUGGAAAAGCUUUCAGUCAAUACGCAACUCGUAAUAAACACCAGCGAAUUCAUACUGGAGAGAAGCCUUAUAAAUGUAAGGAUUGUGGCAAAGACUUUAGCCAGGGCUCAGGCCUUAUGUACCAUCAGAGAGUUCACACUGGAGAGAAGCCUUAUAAAUGUAAGGAUUGUGGCAAAGACUUUAGCCAGGGCUCAGGCCUUAUGUACCAUCAGAGAGUUCAUACUGGAGAGAAGCCUUAUAAAUGUAAGGAUUGUGGCAAAGACUUUAGCCAGGGCUCAGGCCUUAUGUACCAUCAGAGAGUUCAUACUGAAGAGAAGCCUUAUAAAUGUAAGGAUUGUGGCAAAGGCUUUAGCUGGCACUCAGAUCUUACUCGCCAUCAGAGAAUUCACACUGGAGAGAAACCUUAUAAAUGUCAAAAAUGUGGAAAAGCUUUCAGUCAACGCUCUACUCUCACUCAACACCAGCGAAUUCAUACUGGAGAGAAGCCUUUUAAAUGUAAGGAUUGUGGCAAAGAGUUUAGGCGCCGCGCCGGUCUUAAUCUCCAUCAGAGAAUUCACACUGGAGGGAAAACUUAUAAAUGUAAAGAAGGUGGUAAAGUUUUCAGUCACUAUGCAACUCUUAUUUAACAUGAGCGAAUUCAUACUGAAGAGGAGCCUUAUAAAUGUAAGGAUUGUGACAUAGACUUUAACCCAGCACAUUGGUUUUACUUACCAUCAGAUAAUUCAUACUGAAGGAAAUCUCAUAAAUGUAAGGAAACCUGCAAAGGCUUUAAUCAGAGCUCUCAUCUCACUGGACAUCAGAGAGCAUGUCCUGGAGGGAAACCCUAGUAAUGAAGUAAGACAUGGAAGAGAUUUGUCCUGAACAUACAGUUCAGGAAACCCAAGACUGUUUAUGUAAGAAUGAUAUGGAAUGACGUAAAGAAAAUAUAAAUAAGUAUUUACAAAAAAUCAAACCUAAAUAAAUAUCAGGAAAUGCAUACUAGAAAGUAUUUCAUAAAUCCUGUUUUCUGACGUUCCUCUUAGGGAGAAAUAUUGUAGAUAGUGAUUCAUAGUUAAAAUAGACAGAAAAUUGAUAUGUUAGUAUGGAUCACAAGAUGAAGAGGUGAUGUUUAGCCAUGUACAGUUACUAGCUAUGUAUGUUUGUUGAUAGUGACAUGAUUUGUGAUUAUUUGAAAACCAAAAUGAAUGUAACUGAAUUCUCAAAUUACUCCAUGCUACACUUCAUUUCUAGUGUGCAUGCAAAGUUAUGUUUUUGAUGGUUGGUACCUCAAAGAUGAGAGAAGCCCUUCUUUCUAGGAAGAAAACAUUUAUAAUUUUCUCCAUUAUAAGAUUAAGGACACAAGAAUGUAACAUGUGCAGUGAACAUCUAAAUGGUGGUGUUUGUCAUUCAUGUCACACAUCCCUGUAAGUCACCAUGAUAUAAGUGUUCAGGGAAUAAUUCCACAGAUUAACGUACAUUUUCAAGGUACAUUUUCAAUAGUUAUGUCACUUGCUUUUAAAGUAAAGUACAAAGUCAGUUCACUAAAAUCUUGAUGUAUUUUAUAAUAUCAACAGAAGUCAUGAAUAUCAGUAGCCAUGUUUCAGUUAAAGACAUCUCUGCUACCCCAGAAAUGUAGGGAAAAUUCUUCUCAGAAAAGUCAUGUAAUUAGUGUACGUCUUCUUAAAUGAUUAGCCUCCCUUUUGUAACCUUCGAAAUCACAGUUCUCAGACCAUUGUAUCAGAGGAAAGAAUAUCAUUCCUUAUGCUUAUAAUCUGUUGUUUAACCAAAGUUACAUAGUGGACUGUAAAAGGUUUUAUCCUGUGUGUGAUAAGCAUACAUGUUAAACAAUAAAACUGAACGGUUUCUUGUGUAAAUGUUGGUAUGUAAUGAAUGAAGUUUUAGCCUAGCAAUUUAAGGUUGCAGGAAAGAAUACAUAACGAGAAACUCUUUGGUAGCAUAGAAGGGUGAAGUCUGUAACAAUUAGUUUCCUUCCUGCCCUUAAGUUUCAAAUCAUUAGAUCAUGUAUUUCCCAUCAUUUCUCCAUUGUUCUUUUCCCCCUCUCUGUAACCGCAGGGACAUUGUGACGGUUCUAAUAAGAAGGAUCAUACAGAGUACUGUUGAGAGCUCCCCUGAACUGCUCCAUGCUGUUGCUGCCUCAGCAUCUGUCUGGGGAGCAGGCAGCCUGCAGGUCCUUGAACUCACACCAGCCAGUCCUGUGAGCACUUGCACCAGAAGACCCCCUUCCUUGAGGCCAGCAGGCUUGCUGAACCCCAGGGCCUAUUCACAGGCUCCCCUUCAAUGCCACUCUCACAGAGCCACAAAGUCCUAGUCCUUUUGGUCUGAAUGGGCCCAUCCACACUCAGCCUGGGGAGCCCACAGCACUUCGCCCAGGGCCUCUUAUAAAAACCUGAACCCCAAUUACUGCCUCUUUCUCUGCUCACUUCUAUCCUUGACCUCACUCAGAGCUUGCUGUGAAUUCUCUGAGGACCUAGAGUCAUGAACUCACCUGCUUCAGUUGUCCUUUGUUCUUCUAUUGAGCUAAGUAAGACUUUUCAUGGGCUCAUUUAAGCAAAUGUAAAUUUAACAUUUGCCACAAGAAUACUUAAAAGUCAUGAUGGUAAAAUUCUGAACUAAGAUUUGUAAAAUCUAACCCUGUUUCUUAGCAUAUGUUUUUGUAAGGCUUAAAGGAACUGUUUUCUCAUGGCUAUGACAUACGCAAUGCAAUAUAUAAAUAUCUGAAACUAUAUAUGUUAUAUAAUUUAUAUAGCAUACAUUGAACACAAUAAAUAAAUAUCUGAAGGUAUAAAGACUAGCAGUGAGAAAUUCAAGGAACAUGUGAGUGUGUGUGUAUUAGUACACAUUUACUUAAAGAAUUGAGGAAUGCUAGACCACAACUGCUCAUUUCAGAAUUGAAGAUGAUUCACUAAA